UCAUCGCUCUGAGGGACAUGAAGUAGGGGAGUGGGCAGGCAGCUGGUGACAGCCAACGUGAACCGCUCCCCCAGCAGUCAGUAAACUGGAUCAAACGUAGACAUUACCGGACAGCUCGGUGGAAAUACAGUAGUAACGUUUGUCGCUCACGGGAGGCACGUUUUUCAAAUUUGAUCCGACCACACAGUCGGUCGGCUCCCGGCUGUAGUAGCGUUAUCUUUGCUGAUAAUGGCAAAGUGAGCUACACUGUUGCUUCGAGUUUUAGCAUAAGUAACGUUGACGUUAGCCAUAACGUUAGGUAGCUAUCGAGCAAGCAAAGGCUAGGUAAGCUCAGUGUUUACGGUCGGAUCGAGUAGCCCGGUGCUUCACCCUGUCAAGUUAUCGACUAAACGGCAGGUUGUCUGGGACUAAGUGAGGAUGGGUGACAUAAACCCAUCGACAUCGCAUGCAUUUCAGUCGGAGGGAUUCAGCCCGCCAUACAGGAGGAGGAGGACAGUGGAGGAUUUUAACAAGUUUUGCACUUUUGUCUUGGCCUAUGCCGGUUACAUCCCAUACCCCCAAGAGGACUCUCCGCUGCGUAGUAGUUCCAGUCCUCCAAACAGUACAGGCAGCACAGCUGACAGUGAUGGCUGGACCCCCGGACCCCCAACCUCUUGUGCCCAGCGGCCUCCCAAGGUUCCCCAGGACAGGAGCAGGAAACGUCCACAGCCGGGAGCCCCACUGUCAAGUCACACCAAGAAAGAUCACACAAUGGCAACCCUGCACCCGGAUGACCGCAGGAAAGCCGACAAGCUGAAGAAGAAGAAAAGGAGAAAGGAGAGGGAGCAUUCCGCCGGGGAGGAGAGCGAGGUUCAGCAGGGCCGCUCGACAGUCCCUGGGCUACAGCAUCCCGUCUCCUUCGGUGGCCAAACAAUCAAAGAGGAGCCUGAGGAUGACAUCAGCAUUCCCCUCCACCCCCAGCAUCUGCCGAGCCCAGCUACCUGCAAGGAGGAGCCCAAGGAGGAGCAUCGACACUGGGAUGGCCAAGACAUUGAAGAAGGGGUGGUAAAGGUACAGAAGGUGGAGGGCUUUGCAGGAAACAGAACGGUGUUCCGCCAGGGGAAACAGGUGGUGUUUAGAGACGAGGAUGGGUCUGGAGAGGAUGAAGACAUUAUGGUAGACUCAGAUGACGAUUCGUGGGACCUGGUGACGUGUUUCUGCAGGAAGCCUUUCGCAGGUCGAGCCAUGAUCGAGUGUAACAAGUGUCACACCUGGAUUCACCUGUCAUGCGCCAAGAUCCGCAAGAGCCACGUGCCAGAGACAUAUGUGUGCCAGAGCUGCCGAGAGUCAGACGGAACCCCGGACACCCGCCGCUCCCACCGCUCACGAGUAGCCCCCAGCAAGCAUCUGCUGGACUGACCCCCCCCCUCCCCCAAAUGAACCAUGAACUCUGACCCCUUUGACUCCUGCUUCCCCUCCACCUGCUGGAAUGACCCCUCCUCUGAUUCAGGUCUCGCAGCCUUCAUCAUUUGUCCUUCACAUUCAGCAGAGAACUCACUUUUUCUACAAACACUUUGAUGGACCUAUCCCAACCCCUUAUCCCAUUUGAAAACAGUCUGAGUGCUAUUUUAGAUUUACUACGGUUUGUUCCUGCUUCCCUACAGACUCUGUGCGUAAGGCAAUCACUGAAUGGAUGUCUGUCUGUAGAAGACGUUAGCAUAGCAGCAAACCGCUACUGUUGAGAUUUCUCGUGAACACUGGAACCGUUUGAACUGCCAUAUAAAGAGAAACACCCUCACAACUGCCACCCACUAUGGUGCAUGCUGGGAUAUGUGGGAAAGACAGUUUGCACUUUUCUCACUUUUCUUUUGUUUUUCAAUAUCCAUCUGACCUUUCUGUCACAGGGGAGGUUUGUCUUUCAGCUUAAACUGGAUUUGAUUUCUCUUAAAUGUCUCUAUUAAUGUUACACAAUUAACUGUUAAAAGUGAGAAAGCAAGAUAAGCCUUGUGUUAAUUGCUUCAGAUGGUGCUAUAGUACUAAGGUAUAAUCCAGUAGAACAAAGAUGUAGAAUAAGAGACGACAGUCUGCAUCUGCUUCAUCUCUUUGUUGUUCUGUUUCGUUAUUUAAGACGUUGUGAACGAUUAUCAUUGAGGCUUUAAGCCCAUACAGCUGCACCAAGCUCUUGUUCCUCUUCCUUCUACUUCACAAACUGUCUUCCAGGCUCUGAAUCAAGAUGUUAACUUGGCCACACGUAGAGCUUUUACUCACUUCGCUUUUCAGAAACGUUCAAACAGCGUUUCUCUUUCGCCAGAAUUCUGUUCCUGAGGAGGUUUUCAUAAUGAUAAAGUUUGUAAGCCAGAUAACUGACAAGAUUCAGAUAACAUGACAGUUGUUUUCAGUUCAAGGUGUUUUCUGUUGCCUCUGGUCAGUGUCUUCACUGCAUUUAAUGACAGGCGUGAACAGUGGUGGUGUUCAUGAAUAUUUUAAUUUUCUAAAACGUUAUAGAAAUGUACAUUUUUUUGUUAACUGUUUCAAUGCUCAUGAUAAAGUUUUCAGAGACGACUAUAUUUAUAGAAGGGAACUCCUAUGACCGUCCUGUUUAAGUAUCAACAGAAAAAAAAGCUAUCUUGACUGGAAUGGUGUUGUUUGAUUCUCUCAAGAGUCCAGUUGAAAUUCUGCGUGUGUGUGUGUAUGAGAGAAAGAGGGUGCUGGCAAUGCAUGUGCUGCUAUGAGUUGUCUCAGCUAAGCUCCGUGGUUUUUGGUCUUUUGUAUGACGGUGAAACGGAUAUCUUCAAAAGGGCCAUGGGCAGGGUUGGGUUAUUUCUGUCUCUGAAGGGUCAGAUCAGAGUAGCAGAUCUCAGUCUCUUAUCACCUCUCACUAACGUUUUCACAGCAGUAUUCAGUUGCUUCCAUAAGCAAAAAAUGUGUUUUUUAGGGCCUUUUUCCCCUAAAACUUGCAAUUUGGAUGAAAGAUUUUAAGCUUAUUCAUGUGCCAUCUGCUGUUGUUUCUGAUUAUAUAAAAGCCAUACUGUAGAGUGACAGAUUUUUAGAUUCAGUACCUUGGAUAUUAGUCCAGGAUGGGUUUUUUUACAAUGCAGAAUCAAUAACUCGACCAGGGAACGACUAACACACACACAAAAUGAAUGUUUGGUUUGUAAAGAACACAAGACUUUCCGAGAGUUUAAAGUGGUUAAGCUCAUCUCUGCACUCUUGUCUUCUGGCUUUUACAAAUGUUGGUUAACUGGUUCGUGCCCAGCAGUCACCCAGGAGGUGAUGGUUUUCAAAAUGCUUCAAGACCUAAAUUUGCCUUUUUCUCAGGACUUUUAUGUCUUGAAGAGAGCCUGAAGACACAAAUCUUCAUGCCCAAAUUUCAGUCUUUGAGACAUCAGUGUAAUUAAAGUGAACAAUGCUCAUUGUGAUACAGCUCGUUUUAUUCUGAUCCUGGGUUGUCCUACCCCCUUUGAGAAAGCGUUGUCUGUACUGUGGUGCAAACCGUUUCUGUGAAACUAUUGUAAACUAUUGUAAAUAAAGAGUUACCAUUUUAAU